GCACGGCGCCGCAGAGGCUGCCGGGUGCUCGGUGCGCAAUGGCGACGCCCAGCUUGCGGGGCCGCCUGGCCCGGUUGGGGAAUCCGCGGAAACCUGUACUGAAACCCAACAAGCCCCUCAUCCUAGCUGACCGCGUCGGGGAACGGCGGCGGGAGAAGGGCGAGGCCACAUGUAUUACGGAGAUGUCGGUGAUGAUGGCUUGCUGGAAGCAGAACGAAUUCCGUGACGAAGCGUGCAAAAAAGAGAUCCAGGACUUCUUCGAUUGUGCUUCUAAGGCUGAGGCAGCCCGCAAGACGAGAACAACCCAGGAGACCCUGGGAGAGUUUGUGAGUUUACCUCCCAGGAAAUUGAAUAAGUUGAUACAGAGAUUUCCUAACAAACCUCACGUCAGCUGAAAAAAUGGAGAGGCAUUUUCAAUGACUGGUUUUCAGCUUCUGAGAACUGUGUUGGAAGCAUUUUAGAGACGUUUGCACUACAUGCUCUCUGUGAAGGGCAGAACUAGGCAAAACACUGUUUUCGCCCUUUGGAAUCAUGGUCUGGGUGGAAGUUAUGUUUUAUUUUGAAAUAAAAUCCUCCGAAGAGAACUUGGGCUUUUGUUGUAGAUUGGGUACAUCGUCCAAACUUGAACCCUGCAUCUUUUCCUAGACCCUAAAGUUCUAGUUCCCUGAUUUCCCCUAGAACAAAAACCCUUGUCUUCCUGCAUUUGAAGUUCUUUACAGCAGUUAGCACCCUUGUUGUUGGAUGUACUAGGGAUGUUGAUGUCUGCCUUUAUGCAGAGCUUUUUGCUAUCAUCUGUAUUUAGUGACUAUUUUGUGCACAGCCUUUUGUGGCAGCCACUUUCAAGAGACUCAGCUGAGGUUUCUUUGUAACCAAAUCUCCUGAGGCUCUUCUGACAUCAACUUUCAAGAGACUCACCUGAGUCUCCUUUGUAACCAAAUCUAGUGAGGCUCUGCUGAGCUACAUAAGGCAUGCCUCUCUGGUUUGCAUGGAUCAUUGACUUCCAUUUCUCAAGCAGCAGCCUUUGGGGAAAAAAUCCUCCUGUAAGUCAGUCUAUAUUAAAAUUCAUGGGGAACUUUU